UCCAACCAUUCACACGGACCGCACCUCUGUAACCUCAACAUGACGGAGGAGGUAAGGCUGUUCCAGAGGGUUGUGUACAGCCCUGUGUUUGUUCUGGGUCUGGUCCUGAAUCUCUCUGCACUGAGGAUGUUCUAUCGGAAGAGAGCCAGCUGGACAGACACACACGUCUACAUGUUCAACCUGGCCGUGGCAGACUGUGUCCUCAUCACCUUCUUGCCCUUCAGGAUCUACCACACCUUCUUCACCCUGGACCCUCCAGGCCUUUGUGCUGUUCUUGUUCUGAUCCACUUCACCAACAUGUACGCUAGCAUCUUCACUGUUACAGCUGUAAGUGUCCAGAGAUUCCUUGCCAUUCAGUUUCCCUUCCACUCCAGGAGAAUUGGCUCCAAAAAACAAGUGGCUGUUGUAGUGUGUGUGAUGAUAUGGGUGACUAUUGUGUUCCUAUGUGUGAUAUUCAGGGAGCACAAUGGACCUGAGCACAGACUGGCCUGCUUUGAGAAAGACACCCGUCCGUUUCCACUGGACUUUAUUGUGACUCUGGAGAUACUGGGAUAUGUGAUUCCUCUUCUCACAAUGCUGCUUUGUUCAUGUCAGAUGAUCUGCACUCUGCUGGCCUACAAGGACAUGCACUCAUAUAAGCACAACAGGAAAAGUGUUAGAAUAAUAUCAGCCAAUUUGGUAGUCUUUUUCAUCUGUUACACUCCUAUCCAUAUUGCAUUUUUCAUGAAAUUCUAUUUUGCUUCCAAAGUCCCUCUUGACUGCCAACAGUAUAAUUUAAUGCGUAACUUCUAUCAUGUCUCAGAAGGGAUUGCCACAACAAGCUGCUGUUUAGAUGCUAUUGGAUAUUUCUUCUUAGUGAAGGAGUUCCGCAAGGAACUGAUUCCAGGGAGGUUAACGAAAAGAGAGAACCAAGAAGCCUCUUCAGAGAGAACUGCUCUCUAGAACUGUAUAGAUAGGAAUGGAGAGGAAUUUUCAGCUACUCUAUAUUCUGUUUUCGCCUAGUGAAUGCUGUCACUUGAGGUAUCAUAAAAACAUUCUGAUGGUUAU